AUAUUCCAAAAUCCCUAGAGUCUUCAUGGUUCCAUCAUCAACUGGUUGACAGUCUAAUUAGAACGUUUGUUCCAGAUUCCCCCGCCCCUUUCACCCACCAGCAGUGAGAUCAUGUCCAAUAACACUUCAGUGGGAGAGAAACAACUCCAGAGAAUAAUCAGAGAUCUACAUGAUGCUGUGACAGAGCUGUGUAAAGAGCACAGAGAGACUGGUGAACCAAUCACAGAUGACUGCCCAAACCUGCACAAGCUAUCCUACAAACUGGAAUACCUGCUGCAGUUUGACCAGAAGGAGAAGUCGUCAUUCCUGGGCAACAGGAAGGACUAUUGGGAUUACUUCAGAGAGUGUCUUGCCAAGACCAGAGGAGCUAACGACGGCCUGCGAUUCGUCAAGGCUAUUCCAGAGUUAAAGACGUCCCUGGGUAAAGGCAGGGCAUUUCUCCGCUAUUCUCUGGUUCACCAGCGUUUGGCUGAUACCUUGCAGCAAUGUCUCCUUAACCACAAGGUUACCAGUGACUGGUAUUAUGCUCGUAGCCCCUUUCUGAAGUCCCAUCUGACAAGUGACAUCAUCAGUCACCUCUAUAUUCUCAACGAGGUCCAGUUUGAUGUGGCAUCCAGAGGCUAUGACCUCGAUGCUGAUUGGCCCACAUUUGCCAGAAGGACUUUAGGCUCUAGCUCCGCCCUCCUCUGGAAACCUCCCAGUCGCUGCUCCAGCAUCAACAGCCUGGUCAGCUACUCAGGGGCCCAGGAGUUUCAGGCUCAGGACUAUAGCUCCAACCUGUUGGAUGACCUGGGGGAGGAGUUAGGGGAGCUGGGGGAAGAGUUACUGGGAGACCCCUCACCCUGCAUCACCGCAGAUGACCUCCGCAUCCAGCUUGACCAAUCAGAGCUCAGACAGCAGGAGUUGCUGCAUCGUGUCAGAGAGCUGGAUCAAGAAGCUGUGGGCCUGAGGGGCAUGGUCAGAGAGCUGCAGGGCAAAUUGUUGGUAUCUAACCAGGAAGCUGAAACAGACCAGCAAGCACCUAUAGCCAACCAGGAAGCCACUACCGCCAACCAGGGAGCUGAAACAAACCAGCAAGCAGCUACAGCCAACCAGGAAGCAACUACAGCCAACCAGGAAGUACAGACAGUCAGAGAGGCAACAGGGCACCCUCGUCAGACCAGAGAAAGCGUUGCAGAGGACAGCCUCAACAUGGAUCUAUUAUCUAAACUAGAAAGGCCUCUUUCUGACCAGGAGUCUAGUCUGAUGCAGGAGAGGGAUUCACUCAAACAACAGACUCAGGAGCUGCAGGAAAUGCUGGUCAGACUUCAGGGAGCACUGUCCCUCAGAGAGAAGGAAGCAGGGAACCUUCGUGCCCAACUAGAGCACCUACUUAGAGAGCAGGAGGAUCAGGAGGAGAAGAGGAGACUGCUGGAGGAGAGGGAGGGAGUAGUAAGGGAUGAGGAAAAGAAGAAGUUGCAGGAUAGGAAGAAGAUGGAGGAGUUACAGGAGAGGGAGGAGCAUCUCCUGGAGAGAAAGAAGAUGGAGGAGAAUCUCCAGGAGUUGAGGGAGCUGCUGGUGUCCAGAGAGAGAGAACUGACAGAGAGCAGAGUUAAGAUAAGACAGCUCGAGGAUCGGGUGUUUCUGCUUAAUGUGGUAGGGCAGGUGGAGGAGGAGAAAGGGGCAGCAGAAUGUGUUCACACUGACCUGGUGAAGGCGGACUCUGCUGAGAGGCUUUCCAAGGAGGAGUCCCAGCUGCUCUCCUCCAACCCACAACAGUCCACCGCAGAGAUCCAGAAGCAGCACCUCUCCCCAGCCGUGUUGGAGGUGCAGUUGCAGCAGAGUCAGGGGGAGGUGUUGCGGCUGCAGACGGAGGUGGUGGAGCUCAGAGCCCGGCUGCAUCUGGAAGUAGACCAGCAGAUGAGGAGCCAGGUCAGGCAGGAGGUGACCGAGGAGACCCGAGACAACCUGCAGACCCUGACCCAGCAGCUGGAGGGGCAGCUGGAGGAGCUUAACAGGCAGCACGUUGAGGAGCUGCUGCUGGCCCAGGAGAGAGAGGAGGCUCUGGGGCAAGAGAAAUGCCGUGAGGCCCAGGCUUCACAAGGCAUAGUCCUUGAGCUGGCCUUGGCCAAGGAGGAGCUCCACAGUCUGAAGAGACGCUACGAGGCCCUGGCCCUUGAGCAUGGGGACCUCCAAGAUGCCCUGGACCGGGCCAACACAGAGAUGGCCGAGCUGGGUGUCCAUGUCUGUAGGUUAACUGCCCAGAAUGAGGAGGCGCGUGCUCGUUGGGAAGCACUGUCCGCCAGGCUGCAGGAGCUGCAAGAGGAAGCGGAGCAGGAAGUGCAGAGAUUGAACGAUAUAAUGACCUCCCUCAAUCAGAAGAACCUCAGCCUACAGGAGCAGCUGCUGAAGGAGCAGGAGGAGAACGGGAGGCUGGGUGGAGAUGUGCAAGAAGAGGCUAGAGUUCAAAAGGAGCUGCUGCAGAAGGAGAUCCAAGCACUCCGUUUCCAGCUCAGCAGCCAGGCCAUGAACCACCACACCAAACUACAGACUGUGUCAGAUGAGCUGACGUCUGUCCGGUGUCAACUAGAGGAGGAACAAAAGAAGAAGUUGAACCUGAAGACCAAGCUGAAGGAGUUGGAGAAGGAGAAUCAGGGCUUCUGUCAGCUCCUAGAGGAUAACAGCAGUUGGAUCACCACGUCACAGAAACUCCUACAACAGAGAGAGGAGAAGAUAGAGCUCCUAACAAACAACCUAGCCAAGUAUGAGGAGAGCCUAGCAGUUUCUCAGAGGGCCUGUGAGGAGCUGAAGGAGGAACUAAGUAAAGUCUGUCAGGACAAACAGAGUUGUGAACUCCGGACUUCAGCUGAACUGGAUGACCUCUAUCGAACCAAGAUUAACCUGGAGGAGAGACUCAUUGAACUGAUAAGAGAGAAGGAUGUGUUGUGGCAAAAGUCUGAUGCGCUGGAGUUUCAGCAGAAGUUGCGUGAGGAGGAGCAGACAGAGAGAGACGUAACACAGUGUCUCUCCUGCACCAGUCAGUUCAGCUGGUGGCUACGGAGACACACCUGCAGACUGUGUGGCCGAGCUUUCUGCUACUACUGCUGUAGUAACACAGUCAGCCUGAAGGAAGGGGGCGCCAGAGAGCGCUGCUGCGCUGUGUGUUACAAUCAGCACAGUGCUGUGGUAGAGCGCCAUCCUCAGGAAGACACCGGUACUGCACCACAUACUCCCUUCAGUCCACUGCCACAACCCGGCAGAACCAUGCAACCAAGCAACACAGACGUGGCAGUGCCGAGGCCAGAUGAUGCAGCCUAUGACAUCAUCACAGAGGAGGAUGUGAGUGGUGUUUAUGACAGCGACUCCCUCUCCUUCACUACCUGCUCUCCUAUCAACAACACACAGGGGGCAGCAGAGCUUAGUACCAGUGUUGGAGACAACACCUCAGAAGACUUAGAGGACCAGAUAGGAGCCGUUCAGGAUGCUGAGAUCUGUCUGCUUAGAAGUGGGGAACUCACGUUGUGUGUUCCAUUAAGUCUGGAGGAGGUAGCGGUGUUUGGAGAUGGUUUGAGAGAGCUCUUCAUCAAGUCAAGUUGUUACAGCACCAUCCCCAUCACCGUGACAACCCCUGGAGCUACCAUUCACUGGCUAUUCACCUCCCAACCCAAAAGCAUUUCCUUCAGCGUGUUGUACCGGGAGGACUCCCACACACCACUAGAGGACACUAAGGUGCUGAUUCCUCUGACUCGAUGUCACUCCCACAAGGAGACCAUGACAGGAGAACUGCUGGUCAGGAACUCUGGGGAAUUCACCCUCAUCUUCGACAACUCCUUCUCCCGGUUCAUCUCUAAGAAGGUCCAGUAUCGUCUAACUGUUAAUGAGCCAGUAGUCUAUGAUGGAACUGACUGAAUGAUGAGGAGGAAACUGAGGAGACGAAGCUAGAGGAGGAAUCUGAGGAGAAGAAGCUAGAGGUGGAAACUGAGGAGAAGAAGAUAGAGGAAACUGAGGAGAAGAAGAUAGAGGAGGAAACUGAGGAGAAGAAGAUAGAGGAGGAGAUUGAGGAGAAGAAGCUAGA